AUGCUCCUUGAACGAAUAAACAAAAAUAUGUCAAUAAACACAACGGAUGUUCUUGGAGAUCCAUACUCUGACCCUUCCAUUCCUUAUGAAGAAUUUCCAGAUAAUCCAGAUUUUGAAAAAGAU